AAGACUUGUGUGUAGGACUAUAAUUUCACCUGCUAGAGUGUUAUCUCCCUCAACUUUAUGGUGGAGUGUGCGCAAUCUAGAACAAUUGACUUGAGUGCGCAAGUAUCACGUGAGGUCAUACGUCAAGUGCCGAGAGGGUUUGGAGUGCUAGUGUCGAAGCUGGGCUAUGGAUGAGGACGGAAGCAGCGACGCAGCGAGAAAAAGUUCCGUGUCGAUCAUGGGCGGGAGUGGACAGCACUAUCAAUACGGAGCCACUGCAGAAAGCGAGUAUAACAAGAGGCACUUUGGCGGUCCUCGUUGGGGAAGCGGAGCUUGGGCAAUACUGGCGGUGAGGAUAAUCAUGCUGGCUGUUAUUAUCACUUGCGUCUGUUGGACACGAAUCAAGUGGACUUGCACAUCAGAGACAAUAGCUGAUCUUCAAGAUACAACUUUCCUGGUGCCGAGAACGGCUGCAAUGUUGCAAGGCUGGAAAGAUGAAACGUCAAAGUCGUUUGCAGUGAAUUUCACCAAAUUGAACGACCGCUUCAAGCAAAGAGUAGAAGAAAUGUCAGAGAAACUUGCCAAGUUACAGAGAGACAUUACUGAUCUGGUGGACUCUCAAGGACAACAAGUCGAUGAAAUUCACUCCAUCAAUAGCAAGACAGUUGCAGUAGCUGCAGAUUUGGAAUUAAUGCUGACAACCAAUGUUCAGAUAAUAACAGACAUAACCACUGAGAACGUGACAAGGCUAAAGAGUGAUCUUUUCGAACUCGAAGCGACUCAAUUAGAGAGUAUUUCAGGUCUGUGGAGUUCUGUUAAUGGUAGUUUGAAAGAGGUGGCCGUGGUCAAAGACUUUGCCUCUAAAGGGUCAGAGAUAGUUGAGGAAUUAGAUGAGACAAUACCAGAAGGUCUAUCGUCUCGAUUUUUUGCUCUCUUGGAUGGUCAACAGACGUUGGCCACCGUUGCAAAUACUACUUCCGUAGACCAGAAAGAAGCAAACAGCAAACUGAGCAAGAAUACUGAUCAGCUCGCUGAAACAACAAAUUCCAUUCAGACGGACGCUCUAUCAGCAACCAACGAUCUAAAGUCUAAACAACAGGAGCUUCGUACAGGACAGUCCAAUAUGCAGCAGUCACAAGUCUCCAUUACUGAAGACUUACACGCGGGUCUUGUAACUCUUUCCGACAUACUGUCAACGUGUGGAUCAACAUUUCUUCGUCCGAAAUACGUGGAUAUAGUCGUGUUGUCAAUGAUAGCUGUCUUCAUACCAAGACUGACUGUGCGGUGAUCUAGAAAACAGGUCCAUCUAGAUAUAUAGAUAUGCAUGUUACGCGGAAUUGAUAUAAAUUUGGUUGGCACGCA